CAAACUGUCAGAUCCUGCAAUUCUAGAAACGUCGAAUCUUCAUUUUCCUUCGAUUUGAAGCAAACUCGCAGCAAAGAGAGAAAUAGCAACGCAAAGACUAAAUUUGGAAUCGCACUGACUUUAUUUUCCUAUUGCUCCAACUCAACCUGAUCUCUUGCUAAGCCGCGCUCAGCAAUUUGUGUGUUCGUGUACUUGUUUUCUGUGUUAAUUUGUGCGAUAUAAGUCGAACGGAAGCCAAUCAGUGCAAAGAUGUCGGAAAGCGACUGGGACACAGUGACCGUAUUGCGUAAAAAGGCUCCAAAAGCGGCCACACUAAAGACUGAAUCGGCCAUCAAUAAGGCACGUCGUCAAGGAAUUCCAGUGGAGACCACACAGAAAUUCAACGCUGGAACCAACAAACAGCAUGUUGCGGCUAAAAAUACAGCCAAACUGGAUCGCGAAACGGACGAAUUGCGCCACAAAACGCUUGCACCGUCCGUUGCGAAGCUAAUCAUGCAGGGCCGUCAGGCGAAGGGACUGAGCCAGAAGGAUCUCGCUACGCAAAUUUGUGAAAAGCCACAAAUCGUUAACGACUACGAGGCGGGCCGUGGCAUUCCAAACAACUUGAUCUUGGGCAAAAUUGAGCGCAUCAUCGGCAUUAAGCUGCGCGGUAAGGAUAUCGGCACACCCAUGUUGCCUCCCGGUAAGAAGUGAGAUGUCGGGAGGCAGUAGAAUCGCUCGUCUGCUCGCUGGUUCUUCUCAACGCACCUGUGUACAGCGCACCAACAAAGGCGGGAGGCCCCAUUUAAUAGUUGUAACGUUUAAGAGAAGCACUGCGGGAUGAAGCACCAUAACUUUUUUGGCGGCGGUGUAAUGCAGGGAAAGGCGAAAACCGACUGAAAAUGCUAUAUCACCACUGUGUAGACACGAUCAUUUACGGCGAGAAGAAGUGCAGGCCUCCCUAAAUCAGUGCAGCACCACUCGGUACGGUGAGCGGUAGUGGCACAGCUUUCGAAAAUAACACUUGAUACUAUAAACAUGCCGCCGUGUGUUUGGUGUCAUGGUAACAGCAACAGAGAUACAGAACGCAUUUUGCGGCUUCAUUAAAGAGGUCGGAAAAUAAAAUAUUUAAAUCGGCAUUUUCUUGUACGCACGACGAUGAUUGUAUGGCUAAGGCUUGCGGUUUCGCGUCGCAUCACACUCAAACUGAAUGUUAAAAACCUUUUCCAAUUUAAAUACAAACCAGUUUGAUUGGUACAAAUUUCAGCAGUUCAGCCAAAUGUGUUUUGUGUAGAACAAAGCGUCAUUCGAUGUUCUUUUUUUGUUAAUGGAGUAAAUUACUCGCGAGUCGCAGACUACAGACCACAAAAGCAAUUUUAUUGGACGCUGCUGCUGUUGAACGGGUUAUUGUAGCCUCAAAGAACCGUCAUGCAUCUAUUGGUCUUUUGCUGUAUAACAUUUGAUUUUGAAAUAUACUUGUGCUCAUUACUCUCUA